AUGUCCUCAAAUUCCCAGUCCUCCUCCUCAUACUCAACCUUUACCUCUUACUCCACCUCCUCCACCUCCUCUUCAACAACCCAGCCAGGCGUCCAAGAAGUCACCGGCUCCCGCUCAGCGCAAACCUCCUACUCCGACCCCAGCGGCUCGCAUACCGUGACGCAGGAGCAGCGGCUCGGAGAGCCCGUGGUGAGGGAGGAGAGGCAUUAUGAUAGUCAGGGACGGGAGAUGCCGGCGGGAAUUGAGGGGAGUGCAGCGGGGAGGAUAGGGGGUGGGGAAGGACCGAGGAUUGAGGAUGUGACCGACGCGGAUAAGCGGUAUGAGGAAGCGAUGGAGGACGAGUAUGCUAAGAGGGAGGGUGGGGCUUGA